CUUUGAAGAAACCCAACCACUUUCCCAGAAUGUUGUUUGGCAUAGUUUCCUUCUUGGCUGUUGCCAACGUUGUUGCAUCACAGUGGGUUAUCAAUAGCCUCCCGGGGUUUUCCGGCGAUCUUCCUUUCAAACUUGAAACUGGGUACAUAGGUGUAGGAGAAUUGGAUGAUGUGCAGCUAUUCUACUACUUCAUUGAGUCUGAGAGGAGUCCAGAAGACGAUGCUCUUGUGCUCUGGCUCACCGGUGGCCCCGGUUGCUCUGCUUUUUCUGGCCUCGUAUAUGAAAUGGGUCCAUUAUCAUUUGACUAUGCAGAGUCCAAAAGGUACUGGCCAAAAUUGAAGUUGAAUCCAUACUCGUGGACAAAGGUUGCUAAUAUAAUAUUUGUGGAUGAACCGGUUGGUACUGGAUUCUCUUAUGCAAAAAGUGCCGAGGGAUAUAAUAUCAGUGAUACAUUAGCAGCAUCAGAACUCUAUGAUUUCCUGCGAAAGUGGCUUAAGGCUCAUCCGAGAUUCCUCAAAAAUCCACUGUACAUCAUGGGAGAUUCUUAUUCAGGCAUAAUUAUACCAAUCCUUGUUCAACAAAUAUCUGAUGGUAAUGAAGUCGGUCGGGAGCCACCUAUGAAUCUCAAGGGUUAUGUGCUUGGAAACCCACUGACAAAUACACAUGAUGACCUGAAUGCAAGAAUCCCAUUUGCUCACCUAAAGGGGCUUCUAUCCGAUGAGCUAUAUGAGUCAACUAAAAGGAAUUGCAAGGGCGAAUAUAUGAAUGUAGAUCCAAGCAACGCACCAUGUGUGGACGAUCUUCGGGUAUUUACUGAGUGUACAGAGAAAAUAGUUCGUGGACAAAUAUUGGAACCUACAUGCCAGUUAUUAUCCCCAAAACGAAGGGUAUCAAAGUGGGAUCCAGAUGCUCUUAAUGGGGAUUCCCUAGACCUCCUCCAAUCCAUCUCUAAUCUUCAUGAACCUCGACGAUGGUGUCGGGAAUAUAACUAUUUGUUCUCAUACAUUUGGGCGAAUGAUAAAAGUGUUCAAAAAGCUCUUCACAUUCGCGAGGGGAGCAUCGAGGAAUGGGUGAGAUGCAAUGAGAGCUUGGUCUACACAUAUGAUGUCCCAAGUAGUCUAAAUUAUCACCGCAACCUUAUCAAGAAAGGCUACCAAGUUCUUAUUUACAGUGGAGAUCAUGACAUGGUUAUUCCAUACAUCGCUACACAUGCAUGGAUAGAAUCGUUAAAUCUGACUACAGCCCAGGAUUGGAGGCCAUGGUUUGUGGAUGGACAAAUUGCAGGGUUCACAAUGCAGUACACAUGGAAAAAGUUCUGCUUGACAUUUGCAACUGUAAAGGGAGGAGGCCACACAGCUCCAGAGUACAAGCCCAGCGAAUGUCUUGCCAUGAUUGAUAGGUGGUUAUCUUACUACCCUCUCUAGUCAAUAGCAGGGUGGAGUCAGGAAUUUAUCUUUGGAUUGGAGGAGCUGAAAUAAAAUGUAAUGAUAAGAUAAUUUUUUAUUCAAAAAAGUGAUAAACUGUUACGAGAAUUAAGUUUUAUGCGAAAUAAUCAUUAAUAAUAGGAUAUAUUAAAAUAUGUGAUACCGUAAAAUAUUUUAUUAUGUUUAUUUUUAUUUGAUAUUGUCUUUAUUUAUUUCCAUGUAAGAGUCUUGAUGACUCAGUCCUAGUUUAUAUUAUAAUAAGAGCUGAUGACUCAACCCUACAAAAUAUUGUAAUAGUUUGCCUAUUUAAAGCCCAUUAUG